AUGGAGAUGGCGGAAGGCGGCAAUGUGAUGCGUCAUUGCAACGAAGCCCUAAACAUCAGCGCGAAGAUCAGCAGCAUCGGCGCCAAGAUGGAUGACGAGGACGUGGCGAUCUGCUUGUUGCGCAGCCUCCCCAAGAGCUACGAGAACGUCGUUCUCAACUUGGAGAUGAGCAGCGCGGAACUGCGAUUGCGGGACGUCGUGAGAGUGCUCACGAAUGAGCACAUCAAGAGGCAAGUGUACAUACUGCGGAAAUUGGGGCACGCGGCGGAGCGAUGCUGGACCAAGCAGAAGGACGAAAAUCAAGGUGGAGCUCGACGCGGCGGCAACAAUGCUCGUGGACGCGGAGCCAACAACGUUCAGUGGCGAACCAACAGCAACUACGACGACAACUACGAUCGAGUUGCGUUCGCGGUUUCGCUGGAGGCUGAACUUUCGACGGGCAAGAAUAUGCCAGGGAUGUGGGCAGUCUACAGCAGUGCGACGCAUCACAUCUGCAACGACAAGGCCAAGUUUGCAAGCAUAAAUGAGCGAGAGGAAGGCGAACUAUCAGUGGCUGAUGGCAGCAAGGCUGCGAUCAAGGGUGUGGGAACCAUCAUGGAACGGGUGGUUCUGCCCAAUGGUGAAGAACGCGACAUCGAGAUCAAGGACGCGCUGUUCGUACCAAGUAUGAACAAGAAUCUGCUUUCGGUGCCACAGAUCAACAAGGGUGGCAGGUUCCAAGUCGUAUUCGAUGGGUCCAAGAUGCAAGUGAAGCGCAAGAAUUCCACACAAGUCGUGGCAACAGCGGAUCUCGUCGAUGGACUUUACUGGCUGCGGACUCCUCAACGGUCGGCAAAUGCAGCAACACGCAAUGGGACUAUCGACUUGCAUGCGCGCAUGGGUCAUGCACCCCUCGAAGUUCUGCGCAAGAUGGUGGCCACCGGCAUGAUCAAGGACGCCAAGGCACCUCUCAACCCGACUGGUUCAAGUGUGUGUCGCGGUUGCCAGCAAGGAAAGAUGGUCCAAAAACCAUUCCCAACCAACCGUGACAAACGUCAAUAUGGUGUGUUCGAGUUGCUGCACUUCGAAAUCUGCGGGCCUAUGGAACAAGUCUCGAUCGGCGGCAGCAGAUACUUACUGCUUGUGGUUGACGAAGACAGCGGUUGCAUGAAGGGCUUCUGUCUGCGGUCCAAGUCUGAGAGUGAAGACUGUAUCAAGAACCACAUUAUCAAGAUUCAGACUCAGUUCGGCACGAAGAUCAAGUGUGUUUGGCACGACGGAGCGCAUGCGUUUGCGACCAACUCGAUCAAGACCUUCUACGAAGAUCACGGUAUCGAACAACAGGUCACGGUGCCGUAUACACACCAGACCAACGGCACCGCAAAACGCGCAAUAAGGACCAUCGUCACGAUCGGACGCAGCUUGUUGCAUCAUGCAAAGCUGGAGAAGUGUUUCUGGGCUGAAGCGGCAAUGACGGCGAUCUACAUCAAGAACCGCCUGCCUUCACCCAAGAUCGACCACAAAACUCCGUUCGAGAUCGCGUACAAGUCGAAACCAAGUGUCAAGCACAUGCGCGUAUUUGGACGUCAAGCAUACAUCCUUACAUCAAAGGAGAAGCGACCGAAGUGGGACCCGAAGGCUCGUGUAGGAAUGUUCAUGGGCUACGAAGAAGCGUCAAAAGCUUGUCGAGUGUACGACAUUGAGGCGGGCCAAGUGGUGAUCAGUCGUGACAUCACCUUCGACGAAUCGACUUUUGACUUUUCGAUGGACCUACCAAGUGACGAUGAUGAAGAUGCGGAGUUGGACCUCAAUCUCCUGGCAGUAAACGAUGACGACGUACGUCAGACCACCUUCAAGCAGACUGGCAAGCGCAAGAGUGAAGCAAGCACCGAUACGGACGUCUACGAUCAAGAUGACGAAUCGACGCCUCAAACAUCUUGGCGUGCAAGUGCAAAUGCAGUGGAAGCAACGGACCUGGCAGAACCUGCAACUUUACAAGACGCAAUCAACGGUCCUGAUCAAGCUCACUGGCGAAGUGCUGUGAAGGAGGAGCUCAAGUCGAUGCAUCUUCGUGGAGUUUUUCGCGCGGCAAAACUGCCAAGAGGCCAAGGUGUAAUCGGAAUCAAGUGGGUGUUCAAGAUCAAGCGCAAAGCGGAUGGAUCGGUCGAGAAAUACAAGGCGCGUCUCGUUGCCAAGGGCUUCAAGCAGAAGUACGGCAUCGACUACACAGAGACGUUCUCGCCCGUGGUCAAGUACGUGACACUGCGUAUGGUGAUCGCGAUCACCAAGUAUUUCGACUGGCCACUAGACCAACUUGAUGUGGUGACUGCCUUCCUCUACGGAGUGAUGAAGGAGAAAGUGUACUGCGUGGUACCAGAAGGCGUCGAGAUGGAUGGCGACUUUGACUGUCUCGAAUUGGUGAAGGCAAUCUACGGCCUGAAGCAAGCUUCACGUGUGUGGAACGAUAUUUUGACGAGUUCCUCGUGCGAGUUGAUUGCGCAGACGAAAGCCGACCUCAAGCCGCGUUUCGAGAUGACCGACAGUGGCAAGUGUGCAUUUGUACUGGGCAUCGAACUGGUGGACGAGUCGGAUGGCAGCGUGACGAUAUGUCAGCGACGGUAUGUCAACGACAUCCUCAAGCGCUUCGGCAUGGAUGAGUGCAAGGCCAUCGCAAGUCUGGUCGACUUGAGCGCUCGGCUUGUCGCAAGCGAUGCAGCCACCAAGAUCGACGUUCCGUUUCGUGAAGCAGUGGGCGCUUUGAUGCACCUAACCACUGCGACAUGCCCGGAUACUGCAGACCAAGAUGCACGGACUCUGCUACAAGCCAAAGGCGACAAGAUCGACUUUCGUGGCUACUCGGACGCGGACUGGGCCGGUGACCACGCUGAUCGCAAGUCGACUUCUGGUUACACAUUCAUGCUGAUGGGUGCUCCAGUGAGUUGGGGAAGCAAGAAGCAGCCAAGUGUUUCGUUGUCGACAAGUAAAGCCGAAUACAUCGCACUCAGCCUGGCCAUCCAAGAGGGCAAGUGGGUGCAUCGCCUGCUAUGUGAGAUCAUGAUGGCUGCCAAUGAAACCAGGACCGGAACUCGUGAUCCAUGA